AUGGAAGCUACACUGAUCUCUUCGCCGGCUUUGAUUUCACCACUCCGGUUCCAUCCACUGGUGUUUUCCUCAAAUAAAUCGACGACGUUUAGGACACAGAAGAAGAAGAAGAUGAGCGUUUCUGCAACAGCGUCUUCAGGGAAGGACCAUUACUACGGAGGAGGGAGACUGGUGGACGAGAACAUGAUCGUUCUGAGGAAGCGUAUCCACGAGAUGAAGAUGGUUGAGCGAAACUACGAGCCUCCUUCUGACUGGAUGGAUUGGGAGAAGCGUUUCUACAGCAACUACGACUCUGUGAUCUGCGGUUCCGUUGGUCUUCUACAGAGUUUCCUCAUGAAUUCUCGUCCCAGCGUCGCAAUCGCAACGCUGCUUCUCGUCUUGAUCAGCGUUCCCGUUUCUUCCUCUGUUUUGGCGUUUCGCCUUCUUGAUCUUCUUCAAUUGGUUUCUGACGCCGCAACAUCGGGCCAUGUGGGCUGAUGAUUUGCUCGGCCCGUUUCUUUCUUUUUUUAACUUGCCCACCAAUUUUCGUGGUUAUGUUUAUUGUAUAGACACAUAUUCU